GUACCUUGAUUGCUGCCAGCUGACGUUCAUCCAAAGUGACUUGGCAUCAGAUACAUUUCAUUAAUGAACCGCUCUGACCUGGCCUUCGAUAUAGAGGCCUACACCUUCAUCCUCCUCAAUGACUUCUUCACAGCUGCCAACAAUGUGUACACCAAGAAGAAGCUGGGCAGCGAUGGUCUUGGGAAAUACGGUGUGUUGUAUUACAAUGCGGUGAUCAUCGUCAUCCCUACAAUCUUGGCAAGUGUUCUAACAGGGGAUUUAAACAAGGCAAUAGCCUUUGAAAAUUGGGGGAACCCCACUUUCACUAUUUGUUUCCUUCUGACCUGCAUAAUGGGCUUUGUUCUUAUGUAUUCCAUAGUUCUCUGCAGCCACUAUAACUCAGCGCUUACUACAACAGUAGUGGGAGCAAUAAAGAAUGUUGCAGUAGCCUACAUUGGAAUGUUCGUCGGUGGUGACUACCUGUUCUCCUGGCCAAACUUCCUGGGUCUAAGUAUAUGUAUGUCGGGCGGACUGGUGUAUUCCUACUUUACCUUCUACAAGACAGCGCAGACCGAAGAUCCAGAAAAACAGCAGAGCAUUCUCCUUGAAGAUACUUUGAUGUUGUCUUCCAAAGUAGGGGAUAAAUAACCUUCCACUGUGCUCAAUGGAAGAAAAUAUAAGACUUUCCUGUUUGUUAUUUAUUUUAUAAAAUAAACAAUUUACAUAAAUCUUUCUUUAUGUCAUUCCCCAUUUUAAACAUAUUUUCCACUAUCAAUCAUUGAAAAUUACUUUUCUUCUGAGACAAAGUCAUAUGACUUCUUUGUUUAUUGAAGACCUUGCACAAACAGUGUGGACAGCUUGUUAGAAGUUUUGCUUCGUGUUACAACAUUUCUACCAAGCAAGCAGUUUCACUCUCUUCAUAUGCCAAACAUGUACAAAUGUUAAUGAUACAUUCAGAAAGGAAAAACCCGAUGUUAAUAAUGUUCUAAGUGUCAACUUUAGAGCUCUUUAUAUUGUGUACACUCUAUUUUCUAACAUGGUGUGUAUAUAUAUAUAUACAUGUAUAUAUACAUGUAUAUAUCAUAUGCCAGGUUCCUCACACAACAUAAUAAUCUAUAGGUUAGAAUAAUUCCAUCGUAUAAAACAUUUUGAGUAAUAGUAAUUAUUAGGUGUUUUGAUUAUCAACUAUUCAAUUUAAUUUGAUCAAAUCAAAAUAUUCGGGACUUGUGUUCAUAAUCAAAUAUGUUUGAAAAUGAUUGAAUUUGAAUGAUCAAGAAGAAAACACUACUAGAAUACUUGGCCAAUUAUGAGGCCUCAUACAGUGCCAGAAAAUGUAGUUUUGUUCACAAGUCUCAAAACACCAGAGUGCUCCACAAAUCGGUUUAUGACAAAUGUUAUUUGUCACGACUUGCCUGAUGAUUAGCCAAAUGUGUUUCAUUUCAAGCUUGAUCCAUAGAUUGCAUGACUUGCAACUCUCCAAAUGGUUUAUAGAAUUUUUUUAUUUUUUUUUACAGACCACCUGGUCUCAGUGCUAAGGUCAUCUAUAUAUAUUAGAAUUUCUUAAGUUGCAGUUGUCGAGGUGAUAUAACAUUUCAAAAAAUGUAGUUUUCUUUAACAUUUGAAAAUCUACCUGGUAAGAGCUUUUGAUAAGGCUUGAAAUGUUAUCCUCUCAUUCACAAACAAUGGCUGCUUUAAGUCUUAAUUUGCUCAUGAUCAGCAAUCAUUCAUCCGCCCCACACCGGUUAUUUCUUGAAGAGAAAACAAUGAUGCUGCAAACCAAGGUACAAAACUCUUCCUUGUUAUAUAUAAAUAUAUACACACACACACUCAACGUCAUCAGUAGCAGCAGCACUGUAUCCUCAAUGCUGGAGAUGAACGAGGCAGAUCCAGAAGCCAUUUGACAAAGUUUUGGAUAAAGAUUAAGGAUAUAACUGCAAAAUCUUUUAUCUGACCACACCCUAUUACCGUUCUGUCCAUCUGACCUUAAAGCAUACACACACGCAGACACACACACCCGCCUAACAAACACAAUAUACUUAUAAAAAAUAACUCGUUACCAAAGUGCAAACAAAACAAAAACAUAAUUGUACUCCCUCUUUCCCUUUUAGAGAGGUCAGAAGACAAAAACAUUCUUCAUAUCAUCAAACCUACAAUCAUAGCAGCCUAAAAUUAUCUUAAAAAUAAUAGAAAAUCAAAGCUGAAUAAGGUGCUUUAGCUUGUUUCCUCCUGGUGUUGUGCCGAGAAUGAGGAGAAACGUGAUCGUCUAUUCAGACAGACUAUAAAAGAGGCCUGUUCACUUCUUCUUCUUUCCCUCCCCCCCCCACGUCUGCUUUGACCCAACAUAGAAGACCUGUACUGGCACGUCGGCGGUUCCUACUGCACCUACUAUACAGGAAGGCAGAACGGGACU